UAUGCAUCAUUUAAUUUCCUUUUUUAGGGUUUUGAAACUAGCCAACUACAUUUUUGAGCUCUCAAACAGCAGCCAGUGACUCGUAGAGGGAGGAAAAAGGUUGAAAAUCCUUUCCUCAAAACGGGAAAUGAUUUCGCUGACCUAAUUUUUGGGUCUAAUUUGGGCCUGUUCAUUUACAUUGAGUGGAACCUGGAAAUGAUUUCUAUUUCCGACACGCUUCUUUUACAAUUUAAAGGAAGACACCGAGUGCAUGAAUUGCUCUGAGACUGAAACACUCCAGUGAAUUGGAGGGUGAAGGCCGACCGAAUCAUCAGGAGACUUGAAACUUUCCUCAGGGCCCAUUUUUACUAAUUAAAAUAAAAAUAGCACGCCACGGGGGGACGGUUGGACGCUUAAAUUGGGUUGCUAUAGGCGCAGAGGGUGCUGACAGAAUACAUUUAUUAAUUCACAAUCAGACUGAAUAUGGAGCUCAAUCUAAAGUAAUAUUUUGUAUAGUAUGUAUGAAAAACUUGAAUCAGUCGACAUCUUAUUAACAUCAACACUGCAAGUUUAGAAGCACUAGUUUGAGUUAUUAAACACAAAGUGACUGAAUUAAUGCUAAGAGGAUGUCUCAGCUUUAAAAAGAAGCAACUGUGUGACAAAAAAAGGCACUUUAUUUUAAUAGAAGAGUGAAUCAUCAGAAAUCUUCUAAUUUAUGUGGGGCGAAGGUGGGUGUGCAAGCGCCGCCCAGGGGUGGAGGCUUCUGAGGUGUGACACACUUGAGCUGGAUACAAACUAGAGCUGACGGGGAGUCUCCGUCAGUGUUCAUCUCAUCAGAGGACGGGACACAUUUCACUUUUUGUCAGAGGCUGUGGGCUGAAGGACAAUCACUCAGUCAGGAUGACGCACCAGGUCCCCACACUCUCCGAGGCUCAGAAGAGGGAGCUGCAUGAGACUGCUCUACGCAUAGUUUCUCCAGGGAAGGGCAUCCUGGCUGCGGACGAGUCUGUGGGCAGCAUGUCCAAGCGUCUGGCCCAGGUCGGCGUGGAGAACACGGAGGAGAACCGCAGACAGUUCAGGCAGAUUCUCUUCAGCGCGGACGAGCGCAUCAACAGCUGCAUCGGAGGGGUCAUCUUCUUCCACGAGACGCUCUACCAGCACUCUGAUAAUGGCGUGUCCUUCGUAAAGAUGAUCAGGGACAGGGGCAUCCUGGUCGGCGUCAAGGUGGACAAGGGUGUCGUCCCCCUGGCAGGAACUUCUGGAGAAACCACCACACAGGGCCUCGAUGGACUGUCAGAGCGCUGUGCCCAGUACAAAAAGGAUGGAGCCGUCUUUGCAAAGUGGCGCUGCGUGCUCAAAAUCAGUGACACCAAUCCAUCCAAACUGGCUAUAGCAGAGAAUGCAAAUGUUCUUGCACGCUACUCCAGUAUCUGCCAGCAGCAUGGCAUCGUGCCCAUCAUAGAGCCGGAGAUUCUGCCUGAUGGAGAUCAUGACCUGAAACGCAGCCAGUACAUCACUGAGAAGGUCCUGACUGCUGUGUACAAAGCCAUGUCGGACCACCACGUGUACCUGGAAGGCACUCUCCUCAAACCCAACAUGGUCACUGGCGGACACAGCUGCUCCACCAAGUACAGCCCAGAGGAGGUUGCUAUGGCGACCAUCACUGCCCUGCGCCGCACAGUUCCCCCGGCGGUCACAGGAGUGGCGUUCCUCUCAGGUGGUCAGAGUGAGGAGGAGGCCUCCAUCCACCUGAACGCCAUCAACAACUGCCCUCUGGCCAAACCCUGGGUCCUAACGUUCUCCUUCGGUCGAGCCCUGCAGGCGUCUGCGCUCAGAGCCUGGAGAGGACACAAAGAGAACGAGAAAGUCGCCACCGAGCAGUUCAUCAAGAGAGCGGAGGCCAACAGUCUGGCAUGUCAGGGGAAAUACCCAAGCGGUGAUAAAAACAGCGAUGUCUGCCACCGCAGCUACGGCUCCUGUCACGCAUACUGAGCAGAUGAGACGCCACAUUUCAAUCAGCAUUGUGUUGUUUCAUUAACAUAACAAUGAGGAAGCGUUAAUGUAAACCUUUUAGCUAGUUCAACGUUCUGACACUCGUGUUGAUGUUACAUGCAACAGCGUGUUUUCUUGCCUUGACAAAUGAGGACAAUCAGAACAUGGCCUUUGGGUAUUUCUAAUGCAUGAAUCCAGUGAGAGAUGUUUGCUUUACUUUUGUUUCAGAUGAACAGUUCGCUCUUGUGACAGUGCCACAAUUAAAGCUUUAAAAUCCUGCAUCUGCUGCUUCGCAUCACAAAUACUAACCUGUUGUGUGCCAUGCAUCCUAAGUUCUAACUGCAGAGCAAUGAUGUUAGAUUGCAUCACAGCAAAGCUGAUUACAAAUAGUGAAUCUCUGACGUACAACUUCGUGGCAGUAUCUCUUUGAAGCUUCUCUGUGUGAGUGUGCACUUUGGUUUUGUUAGUGGCCGUGCACAGUUAGAAAUAUUGCAUCAAAAUUACCUUCAAGCUAAUUUGCAGGAGGAAGAAAGUACUUACAGCACAAUGUGAUUCCUGUGUGUUGUCAUUCUGAAUAGUCUUCUCUAAUAGUGUCAGUGUUUAAUAAUCUGAUAGUUCAAAUGUAAGCAUUCAAACAAUAAAAGAGUGUUCAGGUUGA